AUGAGGGUAGAGCUUCCUAAGGGCUUUAAACCCCCUACGUUCGAGGCUCAUGAUGGAAAGGGCGAUCCCAAUGAUCAUAUUAGUUACUUCAACUCCAUGAUGACGGUCUACGGUGGGUCCGACGUAGUGUCGUGUCAGUCUUUCCCCACCCCUCUUAAGGGACCCGUGGCAUUAUGGUUUGCUAAACUGAAGCCCAACUCGAUCCGAAGCUUCACAGAGUUGGCCAAGGCCAUUGUCAGCCGCUUCCAGAGCAGUGUGAAGCAGAAGAAAACCGUGGCCAACCUAUUGGCCUUCAAGCAGUGCUCUGAUGACUCCAUAAGAGAUUAUAUCGCCCGCUUCAACGUGAAAAGCUUAGAGAUCAAGGACCUGGACGAUGCAAUGGCCUUCAACGCCUUGCACAAUGGGGUCACCAACCAUGACCUAGUGAAGUCGCUUGCACUGGACCCAGUGAUGACCGUGCCACAGCUACUGGACCACUGCUACCAAUACGCCAACAUGUUUGACAUCAUGAAGGCAAGAAAAGCAGUGGAUGGCAAAGCCCCUGAGGAAAAGAGGACAAGCGAGAAGGAUGAGAAGAAGAAGGACACCAAGAGAGCGAGGUCAGACAGGGACCAAAGCCCUAACUACACCUCGCUCAACACCACCAGGACCAAAAUCCUGAUGGAAGUCUAUAACCGGGGAUUACUACAAUGGCCUCGGCCAAUGUUCUCUAGGCCAGAGGACAGAAACAACAACAAGUUCUGUAAGUUCCACAAGGAUGUGGGUCAUGACACCGAGGACUGCAGGCAACUGAAGAGAGAAAUUGAAGAUGUGAUCCAAAAGGGUCACUUGAGAAGAUAUAUCAAGGAAGAUGUGAAGGGCAGCUCCAAAGGUCGUGAAGUUACAAGAAUUGACCGACGAAGGGAUGAUAGAGACCAUAGAGGAGAGGAUCGAGGUCACCAAGAUGAUUGGAGGGAGGUCCGCAGAAAUCGGGACAAGGCCAAUACAUCCACUGCCCCUGCCAUUCUCACCAUUCUAGGAGGAUGA